AGAGUAUCUAAAGAGUACGUGCGUUUAUCUCGUCUGCAGCGAUUGAACUUUUAACUUUGUUUAUCUUGCUUGUGCAAAUAAGGUAAAAUGUUACUGUCGUGCAUGAUGGCUGAUGGGGUAUGUCGGCUGUGGUGUCGGUUGAUUUAGUUCCGUCUAUUCUGACAUUAUUCUAACGCGAGUGAGACGAGUAUUCCCGACAAUGACACUGUGUGAGCAAUGAUAACAGUUGCGUAGCGUAUGAACGACACAUUUUUUUUUUCGGGUUGCUGUGAUGAUAACAUAAACCAACACAAGUAUGUACAUCACAGAAGGCUGGUCGAGAGAUGAUACACGAACAGUAGAUACACAGAAUUUGCUGAAUUCUGGAAUAACAAGAGACAAAAGUAUUAUAACGUGGCUAUAUGCUCCAGCUUACAAUGAGUAUAACAGCCAAAUCUGGCGUACGAAUACCGAGAUGCAGAAACAUUGGGCUGCAUCCUAUCUCCUACCGGUGGGAUCUAUUUUUAUUCUUGGAAUGGUCGUCCUACUAAUGGUAUUGUUCAAACGAUACCCAUACACAGUGGCAGCGAUCGUUGCUGCGAUUCUCGGUAUCAUUAUUGUAGUGGCAGUUGUCAUAUCGUGUAACCAGGGGCCAAUCUAUAUUUAACACGUUAAAGUAAGGUAAUUGUUGCCUAUUAUGCCGAACAAAUACUUCUUCCAUCCGUACGUUAAGUCGCUAGAUCUGAUGUCUGAGGAGAUUUUUAAACUGUAUACACGGAAUAAAUAAAUAUAUUGUU